UAAUCUGUUUAACGGUUCCAUUGGUUGUGGAAGUGACGUCAGUUGAAGGAUAACGUACGGAGCACCGGUGAAACGGGUCAUCACUGCAUGCAUCGCAGUUCUAGUCUUAAUCUUAAUUACAUGUAUUAUUAUUUGUUUUGGGGGAACUUCUGACCAGGUCCUCCCUGGAAACACAUAAACUAGACCUAAUGGCGGAAAUAUCCAGUCUGAAGAACAAACUAGCAUUGACUGAGAAAGAAAGACGGGAAUUAGAUGAGAGAUUACAAAUAUCUCAGAGGCAUAUAUCUGAAAUGGAUGCCAAAAUGUCCUUCAAAGAUUCAGAAAUAAAUGAGCUUCGUCAGAGAUGUCGUAUGAAUGGAACUAUCCUGAAUCCUGAUUCAAGUGGGGAUUCUGGCAAAGAUAGAACUAUAGAUAGAGAACGAACGUUAGAUAGACUAAAACGAAAACAAACAGAGGUUGAGAAGUUAAAGAAAGCUGUAGAAUCUUUAUUAAUAUCGAAUGAUGAUAAGGAUAAAAGAUUAGAUGAAAUGAGAAGAUUAGUUAGGAGAUAUCGUAAAGUAGAGGAAAUGUUGAUACAAGCACAGGGUAGAAAAGCUGUAGAAGAAUUAAUGUUAAAUGCUGAAGAUGAUACAAGUUCAACUAGUUCUUCUACAACCCCAUCUGUUGGAGAAAUAAUGAGAGACAACUUGCAUAAUAUGGAUGAUUUACGGGUAAAUACUAACUAUCUAUCAUCACCUACAGCGACUAGUACACCAGUAACAUCUAGCAAUCGUGAAGCACUUGGCAUGACUCGAUCUAAUAGUUGUGAACAUUUAAUACCUAAGUCUCAACUUAUGAAAACACCACCUACAAGUAAGAAAAAAUUUGAAACACAGAACAAUGGAGGCUUUGGUACGUUACCUAAAGAACGUUAUAGAGAAGGCGAAGAAACACCCAAACGCACUAGGGGGUUCCCAACUCUAGGGAGAACUUUGUUACGUAUCAGAUCAGGGAAACGAAGCUGUUCUGCACCAAAUUUAGGAAAGAAAAAAAAAGGAAAAAAAUCUAAGUCACAUUCAGAGGUUGUAACUGAUGAUGAAGAUGGAUUACAACAUUUCGGAACAAAUGGCAUCCACCAAGAAAAGAAAAGAAGAGGAUUACGAAAACUGUUUGGCAAAUUAAAAAGAAGCAGUUCACAGGAUUUUGAUGGGGAUAAAAAUCGUCAAGAUGAAUUUAAACGUGGUGGUGUUAGGGCAACUGCUACAGCUAGACUUGGUGGAUGGUCUCAACAACUUAAAACUAACAUCAAUGAUCUGGAUAUCCCGUUUGCUAGAUGGGAUGGAGAUCGUGUGACAGCAUGGUUAAAUGAUAUUGGACUCAACAUGUAUUUAGUAGAUUGUAAGAGAUGGGUUAAAAAUGGUGAACAAUUAUUACGCGCUUCCCCACUACAUUUAGAGAAGGAAAUGGGAAUGAAAAAUGGUUUACAUCGUAAGAAGUUACAGUUAGCAUUACAAGUUAUUGGAUCAGAGAGUAAUGAUAGAUUGAGUGAUCUCGACCAUAAUUGGGUUACAAGAUGGUUAGAUGAUAUUGGGCUUCCACAGUAUAAAGAUAGUUUUUAUGAUGCUAGAAUAGAUGGUAGAAUGCUACAUUAUAUGACAGUUGAUGAUCUGUUAGCCUUGAGAGUGUCAAAUGAACUCCAUCAUAUUAGCAUUAAGCGUGGUAUUCAAGUUUUACGUUUGAAUAAUUUUGAUCCACAAUGUCUUCGUCGUCGACCUUCGCCUGAUGAGAUCCUUCCUGGUGAUGUCAUGUCAUGGACAACCCAUCGUGUUAUGGAAUGGUUAAGAACAAUAGAUCUGUCAGAAUAUGCCCCUAAUCUGAGAGGUAGCGGUGUUCAUGGGGGUAUUAUGGUACUUGAACCCCGAUUUACAGCAGAACUCUUCUCACAACUUUUAUCCAUCCCUCAUACUAAAACUCUGCUAAAGCGUCAUCUCAACACACAUUUUGUAGCAUUGAUAGGAAAUGGUACACAACAGAAAAAACGGGAAUAUGAGGCCACCGUCGGCUAUGUACCAUUAUUACCCAGUUCUAAAAUAAAGAGAGGCAAAUUUGCAUUAUUUGGUCAUAAAAGAACAAAAUCUGAAACAGAAGCAGAUGGAUUUAUUUGCCCCAUGGAUAUUGGUAAAGAUAUACGCAAUGGGAAUUAUGGCAAUGGCACGAACGGUAAUUUUCCCCACAAAGAUGAUAAGGCUGCUAAAGAGAUUGGUGCUUUUUCAAAGGAGAUUAACACAUUAACAAAUAUGUUAGCCCAGGAUCGUUUUUAUGAAGUUCAAACAUCGAAUGUGUGACAGAAUUAAUACUGAGAGUCCAUAAUUAACUCUUCCAUGGAAUCGCAAUAGCAGGGAUGAUUGUUUGAUGUUGAAGAAAUUAUUUUUAUACCAAUAACUGGUCUUUUAAAAUAUAUAGUAAUUAUUAUGAUAUAGAACAAUUUUACCAAAUUUAUGUUCAUUUUCUUUCUAUGUAAUUUUAUAUACUAAACUUGUUCAGUUAUAUGCUGCUCCUUUUAAUAACUUUUUUUUUAAUUUAAAAGUGGACAAUUGAAUUCUUGUGAAUAUCAAAUUAAAAUGCAUUUAAUAUUUUAAAAAAAAACCCUCAAUUAUUUUCAAAAUGAAUUGAUGUUCCCAAGUACUCCUUAGUUACGAGAUAUUGAAAUAUGUUCAUCUCAUGUCAACUGUUAAUUACUCACUUAUUAUGAAAUGUAGAUAGGAAUUGUACAUUCUUUUAUUUAUUUUUAUACGCCCACAUUGAAAUGUGGUCGUAUAUUGUUGCCGCCCUCGUCCGUCCGUCGGUCCGGCGUCCACAAUUGCUUGUGGAUGCUCUAUAGGCUAAAGUUAAUAUCCGAUUGACUUUAAAUUUAUACUCAGCGUUUAAGGUCAUGAGACGAAGAAGCCUAUUGAUUUUCAGUGAUUUCUGAUAAUUACUGCUAGAGUUAUGGCCCUUGAUCACUUCAAAAAAUCUUGUGGACGCUCUAGAGGUCAAAGUUAAUAUCCGAUUGACUUUAAAUUUAUACACAGUGUUUAAGGUCAUGAGACGAAGAAGCCUAUUGAUUUUCAGCAAUUUUCGAUAAUUACUGCCAGAGUUAUGGCCUUUGAUCACUUCAACAAAUCUUGUGGACGCUCUAGAGGUCAAAAUUAAUAUCCGAUUGACAUUAAAUUUAUACACAGAGUUUAAGGUCAUGAGACGAAGAAUCCUAUUGAUUUUCAACGAUUUUCGAUAAUUACUGCCAGAGUUAUGGCCCUUGAUCACUUCAAAAAAUCUUGUGGACGCUCUAGAGGUCAAAGUUAAUAUCCGAUUGACUUUAAAUUUAUACAAAGUGUUUAAGGUCAUGAGACGUAGAAGCCUAUUGAAUUUCAGUGUUAUUCGAUAAUUACUGCCAGAGUUAUGGCCCUUGAUCACUUUGAAAAAUCUUGUGGAUGCUCUAGAGGCUAAAGUUAAUAUCCGAUUGACUUUAAAUUUAUACACAGUGUUUAAGGUCAUGAGACAAAGAAGCCUAAUGAUUUCAGCGAUUUCCGAUAAUUUUUGCCAGAGUUCUGGCCCUUGAUCACUUUGAAAAAUCUUGUGGACGCUCUAGAGGCUAUAGUUAAUACCCGAUUGACUUUAAAUUUAUACACAGUGUUUAAGGUCAUGAGUUGAAGACGCCUAUUGAUUUUCAGUGAAUUCCGAUAAUUACUGCCAAAGUUAUGGCCCUUGAUCACUUUGAAAAAUCUUGUGAUGCUCUAGAGGCUAAAGUUAUCAUCCGAUUGACUUCAGAUCGAUACACAGAGUUUAAGGUCUUGAGACGAACAAGUAUAUUGAUUUUCAAUGAAUCUUUAUGACUUGAACAGCUAUAUCCAUGAUGUUAAAAGUUUCGUAUACUAAACGUUAGCCUGGGCCCGAACUUUAUAAAAACCAAACAAAUUCUAAUUGUUUUCCGAUAAUUACUUAAUGAGUUGUUACUCUUAAUCAGAUUUUAAUGCAUCAAAAUGUUUCAUUACCGAAAAAAGUAAAAAUAUGCGACAACUCUUGUUGACUGCCCGGACGAUAUAGCUGCUGUGGGCGUAUGUUUCGUUGCCUGGCAACCUAUCUUUUAUAAUGGAUUUGUAAUAUAAGAAAUAUAUCUACAGAUUUAUGCAGUGUUCAGUUUAGACAUGUAUUUAUAACUACGUACCCCCUUCCCUUCCCACAAUCAAGAGUAGAUUUGUUUAUAUUUGAGAGUUAAAAUAUACCUAAAAGGGAAGGAACUCACUUAUUGAACUGAUCACCAAUAGUGAAUUUCAAAAAUUUUAUGUAAAAGUUGUGAAAAAAUGAGAUUUUUAUAAUGCUCCUGGCAUUAAGCCAAAAAUAUGUUUAUUUUACAAAAGUGUGAUUCAGAAGGUGCCUUUAAUAUAUUUGUACCUUGAUUAAUCAAUGUUUUUAUCAUAAUUUUAUUUCAGUUCCCUCAAAUACAAUUUCUACUCACAUUUCGUUGAAUUCUCUGUGAGAGUUUAUAAUGCCAAAAGUGCCUUUUUUCGUCAUUCUGUCUUCUAUUGUAUCUCUCCAUAUCGUUUUAAUCUAUUUAUGUAUAUUUUUAAUUUAGUGCAAUCGUGUAUAAACUGUUUUAUAUUGUAAUAUAUCUACAUAAAUAAACACCUUUUAGAUAUGAA